GUUCAGUUAACACAAUACAAACAGAUUAUAUUAAAAUUUACAAUAAAUUUAAGUUUUAAAAUAUGAGUGUCGACUCCUUAUCACCGGCAAUAAGAGUGGACCGUAUGUCUGAAAAUCCGAGUAUUAGUGGCGAGGAGAUAGACAAAGGGACGGAACAGGUCUAUGACUCGAACUCUAUGGUGAGCCAAAGAAUGACAAUCGCCGGCGGAUUCCUAGACGUGGCCUUAUUUGUAGCCGAUGUCGAGCACUUGAAGUUCAUUUUCGACACCGGGAGGGCUGACGUCCAAUACUACGACCUCCUAUUGGGACUACUCUUUGCAUCAUUAAUACUUCAAAUUGCGGUCGGGAUUCUGUUAUUUGUGGUCGGAUUUAGCAAAGUGUCGGAACAGACCAAACGAGAGGCCAAUUGGACUAAAAUCUUGAAUCAAGUAAUCAUUGGUUUGGUGUCAUUAAUAGCGGUCCUCAAUAUAUUCGUCACCAGUUUCGGUGAUAGAGGAGAGGCUAUCAUUCAGUACAAGUCUCGACACCAUUGCACUGACCCAUAA